GAAAUACCAUAAACAAACUGUCUUUCCUGUCAACUUGAACCAGUGUGUCCUCUUUCGUUUCACAUUAUUGCGACUGUGAAAGACGAAAAAUAACACCGUCUCCCAAAUAGCCGCGUUUUUUUGCGUUGCCGUUUGAAACUGCUGGACCUCAGUGUCGGUGUGUGUAACCCGGAGGAGGACGUUGUUUCAGGCUUGACAGAUAUCUUUUUUUGCUAACUGCCUUGGCUGCAGCAGCUGGAGAAAUCAUGUCUGAUUUAAUCCUGGUACUCCUGAUAGUCGUGCUCCUGGUGUGUUUGCUUGUGACAGUGGGUGGCUUCCUGCUGUACUCGGGACUACUGAGUGACGUGAUUAUAAAGACCGGGCCACCUCCUGUGAAAAAUGUUACCAUUGCUUAUAAGUUCAAAGAGGGAUCAUACAAGGACUGCGGUGCAGCCUACACAGAGAGCUGCAGCAUCGGGCCAAAGCUGAGCACCGUCGGUGUCUUCUACGAUGACCCCAAGCAGAGGCCGGCAGAGAAAUGUCGCUAUGUGGUGGGCAGCGUCCUGUGUGAGGGUGAAGAGAAGCCAGAUGAAGAGCUGCAGAAGAUGUACGAGAAGUUUGGCUUCAAGGUGUUUUCUCUGCCUGAAGUGAGCCACGCCGUGACUACCAGCUUCCCCUGCACCACCCCUCUGUCUCAUGUGCUGGGACCCUACAGGGUCUACCCCAGGCUCACUUCCUACAUCGAGGAGAGGAAGCUGUGCGCGUUCCCAACUAUUGAGAUCUGCAGUUCAGAUGUCACCAACUAUAUGGUUCCACUGUCUCGCCAGACAGACUUCUUUGUUCCAGAGAUGAAGGAGGAGUUGAAAACAGAUGUCAAAGAAGAGGACUCUGACGAGGACAGAGGAACUGACAUCACAGGUGCAGACUCCCACAGUGAUGUGAGCUCAGUGAGCGGCGGCGUGCCCUGGGACAGCAGAGAGACGUCCCUGGCAGCUUCCACAGCCGCCUCCUUGGCAUCGUCCCUGCCUCUGAGGGACGUAAUGGAUGCAAAUGAAGACAUUAAGCGCAGGGACAACAGCGAUAGAGGCUCGAAUGAGUCCAUGGGCAGUGGCUCGUCCUUUGAAGAGCUUGACAUGGAUCAAGAGGAGCAGGAGGCGGGAGAAGAGAGAGAAGAGAAGGGAGACGGAGAAGAGGCGGAGAUCCCUGAGGGUGAAGACGGAGCUAGAGAAGCAGUUGAACUGGUGGCUGAGAAGACUGAGCCCUUGGGGGAUGGAGAGGAGAGGGAGGAUGCUGAAGAGAUAAGAGAUGAGGCCAUGUAACGCUGGCGUGCUAGAGUUUCUCAGUUGUUGCCGGUUAUCUGUCAUGUAAUCUUGUUGGUGGAUCUAAAGCUGUUCAUGCCAUGACCAACAUGCCGUAUUUCUGCGCCUUCUCAUUCUCUUUUUGAAGCCUGUAUUUUUUUUUCUCAUACUGUAAUCUCAUUUUUAAAAAUAAUUCUAUAGUUCAGGAGAGAACAACAGACAGCCCCGUUUGGUUAAGUCCUCUUGAGCAAAACUAAUUUUCUCUGCGCAUGAUGUGCGGGCAAAAUAUUUUUCCAUCUCUGUAUUUCAUUUUAAACUAUAAUCCCGUGUGAAUCCCCACUAUUCCUGCUCAGAUUAGAAGUGACACUUCAGUUUAAGAUUAACAUCAAAGGAAAGACACUGAGGCCGGCUAUGCUGGAUCACCAUGCAGCAUCUUUUUGCCUGUGUGUGACAGUUGAUAUUGUACCCCACUUUCAAGGUCAUGUCCCGAGGAUUUGUAUGUAACGUGUUGGUGUGCAUUACCCGACUUUGGUGUCUUGAUAUACAGUUACGAUGGGGUGAAAAUGUGCAGGAGCUAAUGUCGUAGAAAUUUUGACGGACCUAUUUUAAUGUGUUAUUCUUUUUUUCCCCAGUUUGAAGAAAUUUUAAGUCUGAGGCAGAAGAAACUUUCCUCAACACCGAUAAAGUAACAUCACUGAAAAGCCUCCAAGUCACCAAAACUUUAAAUGCAAUUCAAAGAUGCAAACUUUCCUCUUUGAUACUGUACAGAACAUUUUAUUGUCACCCUGUGCUCAGAUAAUUGCUUUAGUUUUUUUCUUUUAAUGUAGUGUUCUCUUCUAUAGUCGGUUUGUUGAACCACUCUACAGUUCUGUUCGUACCUAAAAUUCACUCUCUUCCAGAGACUAGUUGUGAUCUGUUCGUAGGUUGAAAGUGUUGGUGCUGUGAGAUAUUGGAAGUGAUGUACAGCACAUUGCCUUUGUUGUGUCUUUCUGUCUGUAAUAAAAUUUUCAAAUGAAAAGUUAAA